AUAAUAGUGUUGGCAGUCGAAUAUAGGAACACCCUGUUUAUAAAUUAAAAACACACGCCUAUGAUUUCUUUUCCUUUUGAAAUCUAUCGAGGCAAAGGUCUAAAUUUGAAACAUCAGUUGAUAUACAUUUUGUUUUAACGACAACUUGAACGCAGUGAGAUAAAAUUCGAAAAUGCAUACAGAUAAGGAAAAAAAUAUCUCAGCCGAAGAAUUCGUUGAUGCAUUACUAUCAGAAGGUACGAACAUUGCUUGUGAUACUACAAAUGAAACAUUCCGUAGUCAAGGAGACUGCCUCCCACCUUAUUAUAACCAAAUAUUAUAUAAAAGGGGACAAGAAUUAUAUAAAAAAUACAUGUAUUCCAUGGAUCUAAUACAUGCUUUUGGGGUUCUGGUUCUUUAUUCUAUCCCCACAGCACUAAAUGUGGCUUUAUCCGCAACUGGUUCUUCAUUUAAAUUGUACGAAACGCAUAUUAGACAGUUGCGUACAAAUCUAAACAUACAAUCAUUCUAUUAUUCAGACUUAAGACCAAAUUCUAAUGCUUGGAAGACACUCAAGAAAAUCAAAAUGAAGCACAAUAAAGUGAGUAAAGGAAGUUCAAAUAAAAGUCUAAAUCCACUUACACAACUAGACAUGGCAGUAGCUCAAUUCGCUUUUUUUGGUUUGGGUAGUAUAAGAGCAGAAUUCGUCGGUCUCCAAGCUGUUAGCGAAGAAGAUUGGAAAGGUCUCCAUCACUAUUGGAGGGUUAUGGGAUACUUACUUGGAAUAGAAGAAAGAUUCAACAUCUGCAGCCCUCCAUUAGAUACCAGUAAAAAAAUAGCAGAAUAUCUUGUCCAAAAACUGAUAUUACCCGAAAUGGAAAAGAAAAACCCGAUUUAUCUGAAUACUACGAAAGUAGCGAGUCUCUGUUUUAAGCCGAUGUUGCUAGAACUAGAAACCAAUUGCGUCGUAAAUUACUUAUAUAAUUUGUUAAAACAAAGAGAUGUUGCUAAUAUGUACGUCGCAAAUUAUGUGGAUUUGAAAUGGUAUUCUAGGGUUUAUUAUAAAUUUUUCGUUUUUUCACUUAUUUCUCUUCUAAAAUGGAGACCUUAUAAAAUUCUAAGAAACACUUUACAUAGAAUUAAUAUGUAUCUAAUUACUACAUUUCCUUCGAUACCUAGGUUAGAAUGUGAGAUAUUUGAUUACCUAUAUCUAUAAGUUCAACUAAUCAGGUAAGCCCGGUAAUUUUGAUUAUAAAAUAUAUAGAAAUAUGAUAAAAUAAUGUAAUUCGUGAAAUUUACAACAUUUAUUCAGAGAAAAAUGCAAUGAAAGAACUCAUAAUCAUCUAAAACUUUACUGCAAACCCUCAUUAUCAUCAACUUCACUGCAAGCUCAAGGAUCAUUAAAAAAGUUUACUACAAGCUUCAGAAUCUUGUAAUGUAAAACUUUACUCCAAAGCCUCAUGAUUAUCUAAAACUACACUGCAAGCUUAAGGAUUAUUGAAAAAGUUCACUGCAAGCUUCAGAAUCUUGUAAAACUUUACUUUAAAGCCACUUGAUUAUCUAUAACUUCACUGGAAGCUUCAGGAUCAUUUAAACGAUCACUAUAAGCUUCAGGGUCAUUUAAAAGUUCACUGCAAGCUUCAGAAUCUUGUCAAACUUUACUGCAAACCCUCAUGAUCAUGUAAAACUUUACUGCAAGCUUAAGGAUCAUUAAAAAUACAGGAUCACUGAAGGGGUACCUCAAGGCUCCUUUAUAAGUCCGCUAAUGUAUGACGAACUACUAGAAGCUAGAAAUUCAGAGGAAUGUAAAGCUUAUAGAGUAGUUCGUCGAUGUUGUUGUGGUAAUCGUAGCAAAAUCUUCAGUAUCACUUUCUCUGUUAUUUUACUCAUGGCACUUUCAAAAAGAAAACUGCCCAACUACCUAAAAACAGAUAACUCCUUACCCUUGUGCCGUUUGGGCAUUGGUGACAGCAGCUACCUUUGUACUUUUAAAAAGAAAUCGAUUUGUUUAUGACAGUGAUCAUAGUGAUAACAAAAAUUAUCGAAAAUCUCGAAAAUUAUCUCAACUUAAAAUAUUUCACAAAUCAUAUUUAUAAAUUUUUUAAAUGAAAUAUACAAUGUUGAUGUAAUAUUAUACCUUUUACAA